UAUUCCGCACGCCCCGUGUUUCACAGCUGAACCACAUCUCUCUCUCUCUCUCUCUCUCUCUCUCUCUCUCUCUUACAGUCAUUUUCUCAGAUUGAUUUAGAAGAAGAAGAAGAAGAUGGGUUUGGUGGUGGUGAUAUCGCUGCCGCUGAUACUGUUCUGCUUAUUGCUCGGCUUCGGUUGCUACUUCUUUGGAAGAGCCCGAGGGAGGAAAGACGUACACACCAACCCCCAAGUGUACGGCGUCCCGACCCCGCCUCCGGGCACUUAUGCUUCGCCGCCGCCGCCCCCGCCGGCCACCAAGAUGCCCCCAUCCGACCAAAACGUCUGAACACUCUCGCCUCCGUCCUUAAAAAAGAGCUCAUCAUGUAGAUUUCUCUUCGAAGUGGGUGUGCUUUUCUCAUUUUUCCCUGAAUUUCGUACUUACUUUGAUAAAUUCUUUGUUGGGUAUAUAUGGGCCGAUUGAGGUUGAGGUGGUGUAUGAUGAGCAAUGAGCAUAUGAAGUGAGUGCGUGUGUUUGAGGCAUUUGUUGUGUUGUAUGAAAGAAAGAAACCAUGUAGAAACUACGAAGUUUGGGAACAAAACCAUUUGUAGAUUUGGAUUGGCUGAGGAAAUUGAAGAAGUGUUCUAGCUUGAUUAAUUAGAUUCAUAUGUUAAUUUUCUCGCGAUCUUUCUGGAA